CCAGGAUUCGCUCACACUGGCUUCAGAUACUGACGCUCUUGUCGCUAAGAUCAGCACCAUGUUUCCUACUGUCAGCGAGACGCACAUCAAGAUACUGCUUAAGAAAUAUUACAAUCGAGAAGCCGUCGUAAUAAGCGCCCUACAAGUGGAGAAGCACCCUAUAACGACUCCCGGGCCCUUGACCAUGUCACCAAUGGCGGCGCGCAUGCAAAAGGGGGCGAUGGGGGUGUAUUCCGCCCUUCAGCUCGCUAAGGGGGUCUCGGGCUCCAUACAUUCGGCGCAUUUGACACCGCUCUCUGGGACACCUCAAGGAUCACCGAGCCUGCUGCGGCCAGCUUCAGGAGCCUCAAGCCAUUACGGCGCCCGAUCGACCAGCAGCCAACCCACGCGACACCAGUCUCCGAAGAUGAAACUUAAGUACCUUAAGAGCGUGUUCCCAAAGGCUGAAGAGACGUUGAUUCUGGACGUGCUCGCGAAUAAGGACAACAACGUGCAGAAGGCCAGUGAAGAACUUAUGACCAUGGGCUUCACUAAGAAGGAGAUUGUAAAAAAAAAAGAAGAGACACCUCAACCGGCAAAGAAAGUUGUCACUAUUAUAAAGACGACGGAGGAGAAAAACGAACUAAAGAAAAAACUACAAAAGAAGUACAGCGCGGUGGCCGAGCGAGUGAUAUCGAUAGCGCUGGACAGCGUCGAUUAUAACGAGGAGCGAGCUGAGCAAAUACUAGCCGCCGUGCUAACGGAGGAGCCAAAGAUAAAAACGGAGUCAUCUACACCGAAACGGUCCCGGACACCUGAAGUGAAACCUGGGGAGGAGCGGGGAGCGAUGCUGCCGUGUGUUAUAAGCGUCGCGCGACUACCGAAUGAGACAGCAAGCAUACACGACACGCUUGACGCAUUAGAUGACGUUGUCACUUCUUGGCCAAUCUUGAAGACGAGCGUUACAGAGACCAAAUAUAAGUCCCAGUACACGGUAGCGGGCUCAGGGCCCAACCCGGCGCUCCGACGCGGCCCGAAGGACAGUCUUUUACUUGAGGACUACAUGGCCUGGAAAGGCCCCAACCCCGAGCUCCGCAAGGGGCCCAGCGUGCGACCGACGGGCCCAGAGCCCCGCGAGAGGGGCUUCUCGCUAGCGCGGGGCCCCUCCGACCUCGCCAGCGGGCCCGCGGGACUGAACAAGGGCUCCAUUUAUCAGAAAAUGAACAAGAAGACGGCAAAGAUCGACCCAUUCAUAAGAAUGUUAUGGCCUGAACACUUCCCAUCGCCUUAGACUUGCGCUACUGCAGUAGGUAGUUUGUGUACAGUCAACCAAUUUGAAUCCUAGGCCACUGUAGAACUCUUUCACAGUCAACGUCAAAAGUGACUUCUAUGGCCAAUAAUGCACGGUGUCAAUGUCAAGGUUCCCCUGCACCCUGUUUUUAUUGAAUUCCGUUAAUUUUAAGGGAAGAUUUUUUAGUUCAAAUACAAACAAUUUCUCUAAGAAACUCGCCUCUUAAUUCUUACGGUUUUCGA